AUGGCUGCGGUAUCAACCCAGGACGAGCCCAGCGCGGCCGCACACGACGAACAGAAGCUCGAGCGCACGGUGAGCAACGGGAAGCCCGCCGCGCACGACUCUGAGAGUGAAGAUGACGAUGAGGACGAGGAUGCAGACGAGGAGCCGAAGCUCAAAUACACGCGCCUGACGAGCAAUCUGGCGCCCGUGUACAGAAAUGGCGACGCGACAAGCACCUUUUUGGUAGCUGGCGACAAAAUGAUUAUAGGCAGCCAUAAUGGAAACAUCCACAUCCUGGCCAUCCCCACCUACCAACCGCUCCGCAACUACAACGCCCACCCUUCGGCUUCAAUCACCGCCCUGUCCAUAUCGCCGUUCCCGCCUCCACUUCCUAUCCUCCAGUCAAGUUCCCCUACUAAAAGCAUCGAUCCUCCCGAAAUUCCUCAGCGACCACAGCAUCCUGCGCCUGGCCAGUCUCCGCGCACGCCUCGUCAGCAGCCACUCGUACCCGCAGUCCCUUCGAAUCAGAUAUAUAUCGCAUCUGCGUCAAUAGAUGGUCAUGUCUGUGUGUCAUCAUUGAUCGAUCCGAAAGAUGUUACAUUACGGAAUUUUGCUCGUCCGGUACAAGCGGUCGCCUUGUCGCCCAAAUACAAGUCUGAUCGACAAUACCUUUCCGGAGGAUUGGCCGGCGAGCUUAUCCUCACGACCGGCGGGCAAGCGGGCGUCCGAUCCAACGCGAACACGAGUCAUGCUGCUCACACAGCCCAGGGCUGGCUCGGAGCUAUUGGUUUGGGGAGCAACAGUGGCAAGGACAACAUACUGCACUCGGGUGAAGGCACCAUCAGUACAAUAAAGUGGUCACUGUCCGGAAAAUUCGUUGCAUGGGUCAACGAGCAUGGCAUUCGAAUAAUGCGAACAGAUCUGCAUCUCGACAGUGCCGAUUCCGAUGCUGCAUGGAAGAGGAUAGGCUUCAUUGAAAAGCCAAAUCGCAAGAUCUGGGAAGAGAUGGCGGGUGUCUGGAAGGCGCGCUUGGAGUGGGUCGACGAUCAACAGCUAGAGUCAGACGACGAUGCCAUCAUCAAAAUGAACGGCAGCAAUGCAACAGAGAGAUCAGAUGCUACGCUACCGCAUCACCGCAGUUCAGGAAAGUCUAAGGCAACCAAAAAGAACCGAAAGCUUGAGAAGUUGGUCGUCGGCUGGGGGGAUGCGGCUUGGAUAGUACACGUCAGUCCUGGAGGCGCAGGCGUCGGUAGGGAGGUGGGCGAGAGAUCUGUGGGAAGCGCCGAGAUUAUCCAUUUCCUUCGGUUCGAUGAUUGCAUUGUUUCCGGCAUAUCGCUCUAUACCCCUUCUUUACUUCUUGUACUUGCGUAUCGGACUCGCGAUGACGACGACAACCCUAUUUCUCCAGAUACUACCCCGAAACGCGGGAUGCAUAGGCGCAACAACGGUCUCUCGCCUGAGCUGAAGUUGAUUGAUGCAGCUACUUCUGACGAGGUCGAAGUAGAUUCAUUGACUGUAAGCAGGUUUGAGAAUCUCUCCGCAGCCGACUACCAUCUCGGGACGCUAUACGUGCCCCAUCCGAAGACCAUGACUCCCGCGCAAAGAAGUGCGAUCGAAGCGAUCGGCGGUGGCAUUUGGGACGCAACCCUAGGAGCUGCCCGUAUAUUUAGCUCUGGUGCAAGCAUGGUUAGUAUGCCAAGCACUACCGACGUGAGGGCACCCUCGAUAUCUUCCUCUGGAAACAUAUCUGCAUCGGUUGCAGGAAAGAGAAUGUCCCAAGCACAUCCAAAUGCCGCGGGACCCGGCCUCAAGGUGUUCAUUCAGAGCCCAUACGAUUGCGUUCUAGCAAUAAAACGAGACUUGUCGGACCACUUCAAUUGGGAGGUCGAGCACGAAAACUACAAAGACGCGUGGGAGCUUCUUGAGGACCACCCAGAAAUUGCCGCGGCUGCCACACAAACUGCCUCCGACACUUCUCCCGCCAGCACUCCUCAAAGACCGGGCAGUUUACAAGAGUUCUUCGCCGAUGAGGAUGCUUCCCAGACUACCAUAUCUGCCACGCGUGCAAAUCAAAAUUCUGCAGUGGAAAAAGAGAAACGACGGAUAGGCGACCUGUGGGUGCAGCAAUUGGUCAAGUCUGGAAAUUGGGAACAAGCUGGUAAAGUUGCUGGGCGCGUGCUAGGCACUUCGCAACGAUGGGAACACUGGGUGUGGAAGUUCGCUGAAAAGGAUCGCUUCAAUGAGAUUGCACCCUAUAUGCCUAAGAAGCAAACGCAGCCUAUGCUGCCCUCUACUAUCUACGAAGUCGUUCUCGGCCAUUAUAUUAUCCACGACCGGAUACGUUUCAAGCAUUUACUGGAAGCCUGGGACACGGACCUCGUCGACACAGGUAUCGUUAUUGAAGCCAUCAAAAGUAAAUUGGCUGGAGGCGACAUAACCGAAGAUUCGAUUGAAGGCAACGAGCAGGGCCGAGAUUGGCGGAUAUUACAAGAUGCGCUUGCAAAGCUCUAUCUGGCUAAAGGGCAUCAACGAGCGGCUCUACGCUGCUAUAUUCGACUCCAGAACGCGGAUGCGGCUAUGAGCUUGAUAAGGGACUUCCAUCUUGUGGAAGCUAUACGAGAUGACAUUCCAGGUUUCAUACUGCUCCGCGUGUCGAAAGAGCAGAUGGAGUCCGCUUCGCUUGCAGAAUUAGAAGAGUCAUCUUCUGAAGCCGUUGGUGUCUUAACAGACGAAGCAACCCGGGGCAACGUGCCUGCGCCUGAGGUGGUUGAACAAUUGAAGCGGAAAGGCGAAUCGUUCCAACCAUUCCUGUUCUUCUACCUGAGAUCGUUGUGGAGACCGGAGAGCCAAGAGCGGAAAGGUAGGACGGCAAGGGAGCGUGUAAAUGCAGGGAGACUAGCUGUGGAUGGCAAGCACAUUGCGGAAGAAUUCGCCGAUCUCAUGGUUGACUUGUUUGCUGAAUACGACCGCGAGCUACUUUUGAGGUACUUGCGUGAGUCGCAGGCAUACGACCUCAGUAAAGCGACCAGCAUCUGCGAAAGCAGGCAGUACAUCCCUGAGCUUGUCUACAUCCUUUCGAAGACCGGUCAAACCAAGCGCGCGCUCUACCUUAUCAUCGACAGGUUAUCCGACGUUAGCUUUGCGAUCUCAUUCGCAAAAGAACAGGACGACCCAGAUCUAUGGAACGACCUCCUCGAGUUCUCGAUGGACAAGCCUCAUUUCAUCCGCGGCUUACUCGCAGAAGUCGGGACCGCCAUCGAUCCUGUUCGACUUGUCCGCCGCAUACCUGAGGGCCUUGAAAUUGAGGGCUUAAGAGACGGCAUUGGUCGGAUGGUGCGCGAAUACGAGAUCCAGUACUCUAUAUCAGAGGGUGUGGCCAAGGUGCUAAGAGGCGAGGUAGCAACAGGCAUGGACGUCCUUCGAGCAGGGCAGAAACGCGGCGUCAAGUUUGAAGUCAUACCGUGCGAUGACGAGGACUCUUUCGAUCCCUCACUUGAGAAACAGAAGUCAGGACUGUCCGACAAGACAAAGCUUGGGAAGAAAUUCGACAUCGAGACCAAAGGCGUCGACCCUCCGACUGCAGCAAAAAUAGCCAAAGACGACACAACCACCACCGCACCUUCCUCUCACACGCCUGUCCAGUCAGGCCUCCAACCCGACCCUGCCCCACCUGCCGGCGAAGCUCCCCCUGGACACUGCACAGGCUGCCACAAGCCAUUCGCGCUCCCCACCGCAGACGAAGAGGCGCUUACUGACGACCCGGUUCCACCUUCCCGGGACACGCUUGUUGGCUUUGCGUGCGGGCACGCGUUCCAUCUUUCAUGUUUGCUGCCGAAGACAAGUGCGAGCGCGAGCGUGGCGGCAACGCUGCAGCAGCAGCUUACGAGCGAUGCGGAGGAUAGCGAACGGUGGACGAGAAGUGUGGGCGCGAAGGUAGCGCAUGCGCAUGUUAUCAAGAGAGCGGUGGGGGCGGGAUGCGUGGUUUGUAGGGUGAGGGAUGUUGGGGAGGAGUGA